AUGAAAUGGCAACUACCUCGAUACUCAUCAACAACUAAUAACAAAUUGACCUCUCCUUUCACAAAAUACUCACCCUUUUUGCUCCCCUUAAUAGUCCUUUCAGCCGCCAUUUCAUGGAACCUCUACUCAAAUGCUUCCUAUUCACUUUCCUCAAAAGAACCUCCCAACUGCAGCGCUCUCCUCAAACGAGGCCGCUAUUUAGACGACACCUCACCUGACCCACUAAUAUGGCAACCCGACGGUUGUGCUAUGCGUUCCUAUGACCAAGACCCAAGAGACCUGCUUAAACAUUGUCUUUCUCCAACAGACCAAUUUGUAUUUAUGGGUGACUCAACUGCCCGUGGUUUGUAUUGGGGAGUCAGUAACGUAAUAGAACGAGGCCAUUUCCGUGGACUCAAAUCCCACUCCGACGUCCAUACUACAAUCAAAAACAUGUCUUUAUCCUUCUACUGGAACCCACUGUUAGAAAAAGACCUCAUGAACCCUAUUGUCGCAAUGGCAAAGGGAACCCCGCUUGAAGAAUGGCGCAAAAAUAGAGAAAAAACAAGAGGGAAUGGUAAAAGAUACUUGGUUGUUACUGGAGGACUAUGGAUGGGUCUUGUUGAAGAAACCCCAAAUAGAACAGAUAUUGUACCACGCUAUGCUCGCAGUUUGGAUUAUCUGUUUUCACAAUUAGAUAAUCGUACCGUGGGGUCCUUUGAUAAGAUCUACUUUGCCCCUCUGCUUCUUCCUGCUUCUCCGUACCAACGUCCCGUGCGAAGAGACCAAUUGUCUCCUGAUUUUGGCCGUGAUCUUCUGACCUACGGCGACCAGUUUUUCGGGUACGAGCGCAGUUCAACUACUGGGAGUGGUGCCCAAGGUGGAGUGCACAGGUUUAGCAACGGGUCCAAGGAAGUUUCUGCCUACUACUUACCUGUGAUCAAUGAACUCUUUGGAGAACAUCAUUAUGCAAACCGAGAAGUAGCAGGAAUGCACUUUAUGUAUAAUGGUAUUAUUACUCAAGGGAACAUUCUGCUUAAUCAUAUUUGCAACGAAAAGGUGGCUGCGGCGUAUACCAAACAGGAUAAACCGGCUCCUCAGAUGUCAUGUUGCGUGCACAAAGACCCGCGCUUUAAUGAGAAACUCGUGUGUCUAUUGAUUGCCGUUGUUUCGCUAGGUUUACUUGUUGCUGCUUUGUUUUAUCGGCUUGUUAAAGUUCCUAUUGCCAACGCUGCUGCCGUUUCUCUGGCGGCUCUUAUUGCUGGUGCCUACAGUUUACUUGUUAACAAUUCGACACCCAUAGCACUCAUCAAACCUCAUUUUUCCCCAACUGAUAUGUGUCUACUGCUCCAACUCUGGGCUGCAAUUACUUGGUUCUCCCUCAAACCUUUACCUUUGGACCAAGCCGUUUUGAGUGAAAAAACAGCGUUAUCAGGAGUCUCACAGAAACAUUUGAAUCAAGGGUUGUGGGCACACCAACUUAAAGGUGUUUUUAUGUCGUUGCUGCUGAUUAUCAACGUCACGGGUUAUGAUAAACACUUGUAUCGUAUUGAGGGCGAGUUACUUGCGCGUGUUUUACUUUCUUUAUGGUCUUGUGUUGAUUUAGUUGAUUUUUCGCGCUCUUUGCGAGUAUCCCGGACUCCUCGACCGGUUCUUCUUCGGUUGAUGCGGGUUUCUUUUCUGCCAUUAAUUUUAUUUGUUUCUGGGUCUUGGACUAACCCCUCAGCAUCAUUAGAAGACCGACCAAGUUUUUAUCUAAGCGCAAACAACUUUUGGUGUAUCCCCUUACGUGUAAUAUUCUGGUAUGUAUUUACGCUUUUAGGCCAGCCGUUGGCCGAACGGGUUGUGGCUAAGGGUUUUGGCUGGGCACCGGUUACAAAUAAAACAUCCCACUUGAAAAGUCUGGUGUUGGGUGGGUUUGGUUGCAUGGGCUAUGCAUUAUGCAGUAGGUGGUGGUGGUGGUGGUUGACGGGAUUCUCCUUCUUGGCAUACGACUUUUGGCUGCUUCUGGCUGCACUUGUAUGGGAGGAUUUUUUUUCUGCAACCAUCCAUUCACAGCAACAACAACAACAACAACAACAACAAAAACAGGUCUUACGGGUGUCCAUAGGUAUCAUGGCUCUUGUUGGGAUCAACUCGCUUUUUAUAUCUUUUGGAUCCUAUUACCCGCUUUCUUUUGGUAUGGACGAUCCUUCUCGUCAGUGUGAUUUUUCACAAAAUAUGGUGGAUGCUGCUGUUUCUGCUCGUGGACGUAUGUAUACUCGAUUGGUUCAUUUUUUUAUUUGCAUUCCUUUGUUUGUUUGUUUAAUGUCUUACAGUUCCCACUUUUAUUCUCCUUUUUGGGUAUCUGCGGGAACUUAUUCUUAUGAGAUUCUUGUAUUACGGUUACACAUUAUUCUAGCAAAGGGCGGAUCACUCUUAGUUCAUGUUUUCCCUACUGGCUGGAUUUCAUCACGCUUUGUUUUACGAGCCUUACAGAUCUUGCCUUCGGUUUUCCCCAAAGGUUUUAACUAUGAUUACGGGAUGACACUGGGCGUAGGGAAAGGCCUGGGGUAUGGAUUUGAGUAUAUUGUAGGAAUGAGGGAAGUAUGGGUGGCUGUUAGGAGAGUAGCAAGCUUAAUGCUGGUAGUGUGGGUGGCUGCUACUAUUGCCAAAGUGUAUUACAGUGGGUGGUCUCUUGAGGAUGAUGAAGAAGAUGAAUUUGAAGACAAUGGGGUUUAA